GCAUAGUUCAACCCGUGUUAUGCGGAUGCUAGACUUCGACAGUGGAUAUCGCCCAGUUAAUUGAUCACUCUGUUUAUUUUUUGUUACCGUGAUAGCUGUAGAGAAAUCUUCACUGCUGAUCUGUGCAUAACUUUUGGAUCCAAAUUGUACCUGGGAUGGUGGUAUGUGCAUGACAGCUAUCCGUUCCAAACACCGACCGCUCUCCAAUACUAUCAGGCUGGCGAUACGACUUGGGUUCCCAUCUCAAUCCCUUGUUAUCCGUCCUAUAACCUAUACCAGUUCCGCCCUCUUCCCGAACCAUACCCCGCAAUAUGAAGGCGGUCCUCCAACGAGUCAAGUCGGCCUCCGUCACCGUCGAUGAGAAACUGGUGUCUUCAAUAGGCAAAGGCAUUUUGGUACUGGCGGGAGUGGGCAAGGGGGAUACCGAAAAGGACGCAGAUUCGCUCAUCAACCGCAUACUGAAGGCCCGACUCUGGCCAGACGAAGGUAGCGGCGGACAGUGGAAGAAGAAUGUCCAGGAUCUCGAAGGGGAGAUACUCUGCGUGUCGCAAUUUACACUCUAUGGCCAAUUGAAAAAAGGCAGCAAGCCCGACUUCCAUGAUGCUGCCGAUGUGGAGACCGCGCGCCGACUAUACGACUACUUCUUCCAACGACUGUGCGCAGCCUACAAGCCCGAAAGGGUAAAAAAUGGCGUCUUCCAGGCAAUGAUGGAUGUCGAAUUGAAGAACGACGGGCCGGUGGGUGUAAAUUACCGCAGUGCAGAUGCAGCGGUCACCAUCGAGAUUAAUACCCAACUGCCGAAGAAGGAGAAGAAGAAGCCUAACGAGGGGAGCGAGUCGCAGACCCCGGCGGAGUCGACCGAGGACGAUAAGAAAAGCUAUGAGUUCAAACUCCCCGCUUCGUUACUCGAGUAAGAGAGGGAGUGUCGUCAUCCCAGCGAUCCAAGUAUAGAG